CUGUUCACUAGCUUACAAAGUCUCACUUCUACACAUCUCAUUAUGCUCCACCGCUUUAAUCCAGAGAAGCGCAGAUCUGAUGCAUUCAGAUAUGAACAAAAGGCUUGUUGGUGGAUUUCCUUUUCUUCCAAACUAGAGUAAUGAAAGAUUCAGCACCAAAGAGAAUCCUGAUCUCGAAGAUAACCGAUUCUUUGGUUUUCUUUUUCUGAGAUAAAUAGGUCCAUCCUUCCAUCUGCUGUGGAACUCCAUGAUUAGCCGGGUGACGAUUGACCAGAGGUGGAUUUGCCAGGCACAGAUGUUAUCCAAGAAACUCUUUGCAUGUUGAAAUUCCAUAAUAAUACUCCUCAGUGGUAGUAUUUAUAAGAUACAUAGUGCAAAAUCCUCCAAUUGUGAACCUGAGCACACACAUGGGAGGGUCUUCGUUUUCAUCACCGUUAAUGCAGGCUUCUUCAAUUGCUACUGCUGUUACUGUGUUCUUCGGCUUCUUUCUUGAUGGAGCUGAGUCUCUCACUACUCAUCCUUCUGAAGCGAGAGCUAUAAAUUCAGUCUUCAAAAAAUGGGGCAUCUCGGCAAAGCCAAAUAUAUGGAACAUAAGCGGUGAACCUUGCAGUGGGGAAGCAAUCAACAACGCCGCAAGUCUUUUGGACCGCAAAUACAACCCAUUUAUCAAGUGCGACUGUUCCAAUGAUGAAACUUGCCACAUUACCGGACUGAUGGUUAAUGAAUUGGUUGUUGGAGAGAUCCCAGAAGAGCUAUGGAAUCUGACUUACCUCUCCCAUUUGAAUCUUAAUUAUAAUCACUUGACCGGCUCUCUAUCUCCAGCCGUUGGAAAUCUAACUCGCAUGAAGUACUUGGUCUUAGGUUUCAAUGCUUUAUCAGGAGAGCUUCCGAAGGAAUUGGGAAAUCUUACUGAGUUAUUAUCAUUGGGUCUUGGAAAAACCAACUUCUCUGGUUCUAUCCCAUCUGAACUAGGGAAUCUGGUGAAAUUAAAAAAACUCCACAUAGAUAGUUCAGGACUAAGUGGUCAGAUUCCACCCACUUUUGCUAAUCUUAUAAACCUGGAGAGAGUAUGGGCUUCAGACGUAGAACUCACCGGCAAGAUACCUGAUUUCAUAGGAAAUUGGUCUAAGCUAACACUCUUGAAGUUACAGGGUAAUUCUUUUGAAGGCAAAAUACCAUCAUCAUUUAGCAAUUUGAAAUCCCUUACAGACUUGAGAAUAAGUGAAAUAUCUGAUGGGAGCUCCUUACUGGCAUUUAUAAGGAAUAUGAAGUUUUUGAUUGUCUUAGUUCUGAGGAAUAACAACAUUUCUGAUUCAAUUCCAUCCAAUAUUGGUGAAUUUCAAAAGUUAACCCGGUUGGAUUUAAGCUUCAAUAGUAUCACAGGGCAGAUUCCAGAAUCACUAUUCAACUUGAGUUCAUUAUCAUCCUUGUUCCUUGGAAAUAACAAACUCAGCAGACCUAUCCCUACCCAAAUAAGCCAAUCUCUUCUUAAUAUAGACUUGUCAUACAACAAUCUAUCAGGGAGACUCCCUUCUUGGCCAAACUAAAAAAAUUUACAACUGUUUCUUAAGCAAAAAUGACAUAUCACGAGAGUUUUUGAAGUGUCUCAUGUGUGAUUUGGCUUAUAGAGCUUAUUUAGUACUUUUAGAGGUUAUUUCUCACAUGGGAUAGGUAGAAUCAUGCGUGAUUGAGCAUACAAUGGCUAUUCAGAAUGAAAAUAGGUUUCUGGAGGUCAUUUCAUGCGUGAUCAAGAAGUACUCUCAUGCAAGUAUUUGUAUUAGAGCUAAAUCAU